AUGCGAGCAAUUGCCUCAGGUAACUUCACAGAAGUGCCUUUUUCAAAAGGCCCAGUGGGAAGCAAGGGAAAUAGUGGGGGGGAUAGCGUGGGAAGCAGCAGGAAAGGUAACAGAAGAAAAAGCAGUGGGAGCGACGUUAGCAGAGUGUAUGGUCUUCAGAACAUGUAUCAGGACAUUGCUGAAGUCGAUAGUAUGAGGUUUGAGAAGGAGCUUGCCAAGUUGGAGUGCACCUCUGCGACGUUCAUUCAUAAGAUCCGAUCUGGCGAAGAACUACUGCUGACACGGACUCAACUAGCAGACUUCAAGAGGUUCCUAGCCAUCAUGACAUACAGGAGCGAGCGCCGGAGGGAACAGUAUUACGAGUGUCGAUUUGAUAUUAUGACACUUCUAUCGAUUCGAAAACACAUGUCCCAAAACAAUAUUGACAGAGUUCAAGACACCCCUCACGACGAAAUCAUUAAGGAGAGCUCAGCUAUCGAUCCGAAAGGCGUCAAGACUCCCAUGGAUACUAUGUUUGCUUUGAGCAAAUAUAAAGGACCUAUUUACGUUGCAGAACUUAUGGACUAUUAUAACUUAGUGUGCAACUACGUGUGUGUCUGGCAAGCGGAAGAAGGGCCUGAAUUUAUCCUAACCGACAAGUGCUCUGUUGGGUUCGAAGGUGAGGAUGCUAUCCACUUCCAAAGCUUCUAUGUUGUGUCUCCGAAAUAUAUGGUCGUUCUUGUGAACCGUCUUUACAUGUGGGACCUUAUGAAGACCGUGGGUCUCCGGAAGUCGUGGUCUGGAGGCGAGCUCCAUGCCAAUCCAGUUGUCAUUAAUACGAAAAAGCUUGUGAGAGGUGCGAAAGACUUCACUCCGACAGACGUGUUCAAAUUCAAAAGGAUUGUCGCCCCAAAAGAGAAGGUAUAUCUCGGCAGCAGCUCAUUUUGGGUGGAG